CGCAGGCUCGAAGCAAUGGGGAUUCAUUGACGGAUGAAGAUAAUUGCACCUCCUUCUAUCUCGGGAUGGUUUAAUUCGUGAACGCCAAGACCCUACACACUAAGAUGCUGCUCGACCAGCAGAGUUCCUGAUUUCAAGUUUCAGCAACUGUAGUCUCACGACUUUUGAAGUCCAUGCCAGCUCCCAACGGAGUAAACUAAGCAGAAAUCUGCUGAGGGAGACACAAGGGACUGUUGGUGUUGGAAUAUGCAGCAGCAUACAAUGCGAAAUUGAGUUUAUGGUCAUCUGCACAAGUGCACGGAUGCCUAGCUGCAAUGAAAAACUUACUUUUGGCAGCAUUGUAUAUGCAGCAAUCACAAGUAAAAUGUAAACAAAUGUGUGAGAACACAAUUGGAACAAAAAACCUAAUCAAUUGCAGUGCCAAGUGGUCUUGGUGUUGCUUUACUGAGGCAGUGGCUGGGGUUCUGCAUGCUGGUUCAAGAACAGAAUGGUGGAAAACGAGUGGCUAUUCUUGAAUCUGGUGAUGUCCUUGCUUGAAGGAAUCCUGACUGGAAACAUUGUCUCCCCGUUUCCCUCUACAGAUGCUGCCUGGCCCACAUCUUGUUUGUUGCUCAAGAAAUGUGCAGAUAGUGGAAGUAUUAAAACAAAAACAAAGUACAUGUUAGAAACACUAAAUAGGCUGCAUUCAGCAUCGUCACAAAGCAUCAUCAAUUAGAAAAAUUAAUCCUUUUAGUUUGGACUGCAUCAUUCUGCUGAGAGAGCUCAGUGUCAGGCUAUGUCUGCAUAAGAAAAGAACAAUUGCCUUCUCAGGUCAAAACCUUCAUCUAGUCCAGCGGUCCCCAACCACCGGGCCGCAAAGCAUGCGCUACCAGGCCGCGAGGAAACCUUUCCUCAUUCCCUGUCACACCCACUGUUGAGCUUGAACGCACACACGGUCAUUACCAGCGCAUCAUCCAUGUCAACGCAGGAAGAAGAUCAACUCCACGAGCUUGCAAAUGACGGCGGGCUGAAAAGUAUGUUUGACAUAACAUCUCUGCCGGCAUUCUGGAUCAAAGUCAAGGCUAAAUAUCCUGAGAUAGGCAUGAAAGCACUGAAAACGUUGCUUCCAUUUCCAGCAUAUCCCUGCAAUAAAUGCAACGAAAACUAAAUUGCGGAAUAGACUGGACAUAGGAACCCCCUUCGAGUAUCGCUGUCUCCCAUCACCCCUCGAUGGAACCGUCUUGUUGCAGGGAAACAAGCCCAGGGCUCCCACUGAUUCAACGAUAUUGGGUUCGGACCAUGGCCAUGUUUUCCCGGAAGCAGAAGAGGUUGCUGCGUUACGUGGAGGAGGGCAGCAUCCCAAAGCUGAAGUCCUACCUCCGCAAGCACCGGCUGCUGCCAGUGUCAUUUACCGGGCGGAAAGGCCGCACCCCGCUGCACGUGGCCUGCAAGCGGAGGGAGGGCACGGCUGCACGUCUGCUGCUGAGGCAUGGAGCUGACCCGAUGAUCCGAGACCAGAGAGGAAAUACUCCGCUGCACCUGGCAGCCAGGGAGGCGGUGAGGAAGGGAAAGAGAGUGUACGAGGAUCUCGUGGAGCCUUUAAGGAAGUGUUGCCCAGCUGCCAUGGAUGUGUUGAAUGAGGAUGGGCUCACUCCAAGGGAAAUACUCAAAUUAAUGAUGACGUAUCAGCAGGACCCUGGAACAAAAGUAGUUGAGGCAAGUGACAAUCCAGUGCAGGCGGAAGAGCAGGCCUUUGACACACAGAAGAACAUUGCUGACAGGGAGUGGUAUUGCAAGCUGUUUGGUGAAUGUGAGGAUGAAUUCUACCAGAACUGCGGUCGUUACGAAGAGGAUUACUCCCUGCCAGAUGCUGAGCCACAGACGUAUGACGAGUGGGCCGACCGACUGGCGAGAGAGUAUGCGGCGAAACGUGCCCAGGCAAAGGGAAGCCAGAGGAGGAGACCCCAAAUGGAGCAGGAUGGGGGGCUACAGCGGCGGCUGGAGGAGGAGCACCGGCAGUAUCUGGAACGUGGCGCCCGAAAGGCAGAAGAGCUGGCAGGCAGCCGCAAGCAGCGCUACGAGCAGGGUUGCGCCGAGGUGUUCAGUGGGGUGGGGGGCAGCCUGCUCGCCUAUUCCGACAUCCCCUGGCCCGACCCGCGGGGCACGGUGGACGACAUGGUGGGGGUGAUCCUGCACGGGGUGGACCGGAGCCAGCCAGGCACCUUCCGUCGCUACCUGAGGCAGCAGCAGGUGGUCUGGCACCCCGAUCGCUUCGCACAGAGGUGCGGAGGUCGGCUGCUGGAGGCCGACCGACAGCGGGUCCUCGACACUGUGAUGGCCCUCUCACAGGCUCUCAACAGGCUAGCCGACAGCAUCCGCUAAAACCAUCAGCCCCCCCUUCCCAUUCCCCAUCUCCAUCAUGGAGCAGGAGCUUCGCCGCUGUUGUGUUUUCAUCAGCUAAGGAUGUCAUGUUUCAUUGGGCCAAACCUAGUCAUUAAAUUGUUCAGAACAUGAACAGCCCAUUUUGACAAUGUCAGAGUUCCUAUCUACUUUCAGGCCGCCUGAGUCCUACAUUCCUUUCCUAUCCAACUCUUCCCCCCACUCCCCAUCAUCGACAGGAACUGCUGCCUCAGGAAGGUGGCAUUAUUUAUCAAAGAUCUCCCACUUAGAGGGCCACACUGUCGCCAUCGGGCAGAGGUACAGAAGCCUGAAGUGUCACCCCACCAGUUUCAGGAACAGCUCUGUUCCUACAAUCGUCAGGUUCUUGAACUGAACUGCACAACCAAACCGUAACUUCAACAACAGAACACUAUGGAGCGCCUCUUGCACUACCAUGGACUUGUCUGAUCGUGGUUUCUUUGCACUAAGGACUAGUUUUGGACAGUUAUUACUGUUUUGUACAAUUUAUGUUUGUGUUUUAUCUGAACCCACAUACCUGUGAUGUAGCUAAGCUUUUUCCAUUGCAUUGUUCCUGACAAUAUGCUUGACUACUUGUCCAAAUGCCUUUUAACUGUUGUAAUUGCAUGUGCUUUCCACCAUCUGUUCUGGCCUCUUGUCAGAUAUUUAGCAUCCUCUGUAUGGGAAAAAUCUACCCCUCAGAUCUUUUAAAUUUCUCCCCUCUCACCUUAAUACUGUGCCCUCUAGUUAUAGUCUUCACUGCCCUGUGCUAAAGACUAUCCAUCCUAUCGAUGCUCCUAAUAAUAUUAUAAACCUCUAUAAGGUCAUUCUUCACCCUUCACCAUUGCUAUGAGUAUAAACCCAGCCUAUCUAGUGUUUUCCUUUAACUGAAGCUGUCCAUUCCAAGCAACUUUGUGAUGGAUCUCAGAGACAUGAGACAAACAGUGCUGGAAUCUGGAGCAACAAGAUGUCUGCUGGAGGAAUUCAAUGGGCCAAACAGCAUCUGUGGAGGAAAAGUCUUCAAAUUCCAGCUUUGACAAUUCUAUUCCCCCACAGAUGCCACUCAAACUGGUCAAAUCUCCUACAAGCAGGUUUGUUUGUUCCCCCGAUAAAUAUUUUCUGUAUUGUCUCUAUCACUACUAAAUAUGUCCUGAUGUGUGGUGACAGUACUUCGAUAUUAAAUGAUGUCUUAUCAUAUCCUAGACCGCCACAGUUCUGACCAUCCUCUUCCUAGUUACGAGAUGUCAUGCAAUUAAGAAAAAAAUAAUUUCACCUUCCUCUGAUGAGUUUUUGGUCCUUGGAUUUUCUUUCAUGGUUCUUUCUGGAAUGUGACUGAUUUGUUCAUUCUGACCUCUAAAGUCUGCUGUUACCUGGAAAGGUGGGAGAAAGCUCAUGGUACCAGAGUCUCAGGGGGUGG